AACGCGCUGUUCCACUGGUCUAACCACGGGGCGCGCUCCCACGCAGGAACAUUCCUCUUCUAUUCCUCCAGCCGCUCAUUAAGUGUUUUUUCUUUCUUUCAUUUUCUUUUCCCCCCUCUUUCUGUUGCAACAUGAGCGCUGAAUGCAGCAGUUACUACAGCGCUGACGGGGUGUUCGUGGACUCAUUCUCCUGCCCUAAACCAGGGAAUGCUGCCGCUGCCAUCUACUGUUGUGGAUUUAACGAUAUUAAAUAUUGCUGUGAUGAUGCCAACAGUUUUUUCCCGUAUGAGUACGGGUACAUGUGGUGGCUCAGUAUCGGUGCUCUGGUCGGUCUGUCUAUAGCAGCGGUCGUCCUCCUUGCUUUCCUCAUCACUGUAUGUGUCCUCUGCUACCUCUUUAUCGUCACCAAACCCACUCGUCGUCUUGACAACGGCCUACCCCUAAGAGCGCCAGGAGAUCCCAGUGAGGGGCCGAGUCAUGUGAGGGUGCCCUGCGCUGCUGCGCCACAAAGAUUCAAAAAUCCCUUUGUGAACAGGAAGGUGGAUUGUGACAAUCAGUCGCCAGACCCAGAGCACCUUUUCCAGAGGUGUUUUACACCCACAGUCACUGGAGUGAAAGUGGAAAGUCCAUCAUAAAUUACUCUUUUUUAAAUAUAAGGACAGCAGCACUCUAUCAGUAAGGCAAAUCAAUGAGGAAAUAGCCUUUUGGUACCAGUGGACAACUAUGAAUGAGAGGAAAGUAACUGAUACAGUGUGAGCGGUGGCUGAGAGGAGUAUAUACUGAGUAACACAACUUUAGACCAGUAUUAAGAAGGCUGUGACGUUUCUUGCCUUGUUGACAUUUUUCAUGCAUUAAAGUCGUCUUAUCCUCGUGGCCUCCUCACGGGUGGAAAUUACUUAUCCUCCAUCUUUUUGGAAACGAAUGCAUAAAUUUGGCUUUCUGAAAGCCAAAGAUUCAUUAAGAACACAUGAAUCAUUGAGUCGUAUGCAGUUUACAGUGAGGACAUACAGUUUUAGGCACAUUUAUGUGCUGAAGAUGUUGCACUUGGGUAAGAGAAAACCAAGCUAGUGUUUUAAGUCGGGAGGCACUCUGAUUUGAAUCUGCUACAUUUUACUCAGGGACUGAAGGAUUUGUGGGAGUGAAACGUUCCCACCUCAACACAGAACUGCACCAUCAAUUGACUUUUCAGAUCUUUAAAAUGGCUUAUGUUUACAUUCUCUGGACAAGCAACCUCAAGUAAAACCCUUUGUGAUGGCUGGAGGCGGGCUUGGAUUGUUGGGUAUCUCUUAUUCUGACACUGGAGUUUGUGGUUUAUAUUCUGUGUCCUGCUGGCAGUCCGGUGCAGGUUUCUUAUAACCACAGUCAUCAUGUUUCUCUAACAUAACCAACAAGGAUUCUGCUGAAGAGUCAAAUUCCUCUUAAUUAUCACAUCAGUUAACAUGAAGGAGCCUGAUUGUAGCGUAAUUCUCACAGGUUUUAGAGUUAAAAUCGCAUCGCUGUAUACCUGAAUCAGUUUUAAAGGAUCCCAUUCUUAUUCAUUAUUAUUGUGAAGAAUGAACCAGUCAACUUAUGCUGUGCGCUGUACAGUUUCACAUAAACAAAACCUCUUUUAUUGCAUAAAAUCUGGGAGGCAGAAGAGGAUCUAACACAGGCAGUACUCUGAUUAAAAAAGCUGAACCUGAAUGCAAUAGCAAGGCGCUACAUCAGUGAAUCACAUGCAAGCACACAUUCCUGGGGGAGUACAUUUCCACUAAUAAACUGUGAUCAUUAUGGCAUAAGAUCUAUUAACUGGUGAUGGCAACAAAUGUUUAGAAUCGUAAAACUUUGUCUGAGUACUGUUAAGCGCUGUCCAGUGUUUUGGCACAUCAAAAGCUUCAAAUUCAUGCAUCUGCU